AUGAAAGGCCAAAAUAAUCAAGAGAAGUCCUCGGAUAACUCUUCCGUCGAGUCGCAUUCAAUGCAGGAUUUGAGGGUUUUUCCUUCUUUCUAUGAUUUUUCGAAUAAAUUGAAAAUUUCUAGGAAAUUCUGGCUCAUACACAGCCGAUGGGAACUUCGGUACCGCCGUCGCCAGUCGCCAAUCAGAAGCCGUCGCCAGUCGCCAAUCAGAAUUCGGAAGUACCCCUCCGAUUUUCCCCCGUCAAUUGUCCGGUGAUCGACGAGGAAGAUGGUAAAUUUGGCUUGAAGGAACAAAAUUUCAGGGAACGGAAAUUAGUUAAAUUAGAAGGUUCUGAAAAAGAUACCUUUAGAAGCGACUACUUCACUUUUAUGUUGAGCUCAUAGUUUUGGCCCAAUUUUUCUAGUCAAGAAAAAUCGAUAACCUUGAAGCUUGAAUAGUUAUGAUUUCAGUAGAAAAUGGAGAUAUUGUCUUUUCCAAAGUUAUUACUCCGAGAAGUUGGAAAGAGCUUUAAGUUAUUCUCGAAAAAACAUAGAUUUUUAACUUUCUCGGCUUCGACUUCUACAACUGAUCGCUCCUGAACUUUCCUUCUGGAGCCUUUUUUUGAAAAUCAGAAAAAAAGGAACUUUGAGCUUAUAGCAUAGGAAAAUUCGGAAGGACCCUUUACGGGCCCUUUGAGCGUCCGUUAUGGAUCAAAAGCUUCCAUAAAUUGCUCCCAAAAAGGUUUUCUUUAUACUGCCUUUUUCCGGCCUUUAUCGACCCUUUUUGGACCAUUUUGAGAAUCACGAAAUUUUUUACAUUGAGAAUAAUCUUACCAGCAACCCUGUAUGAACCAAAAUGUGCUAUGGUGUGUUCAGAUUUUCAAUGUCAAGAGCAAUGACGUCAUUCAAAAACACUCUGUGUGUGGCUCGCUCUCUAAUUAGUUUAUUGUACCAUUAGGGGCGGAGCUUGAGUGACGACUUGAAAUUCAAAAUCUGAACAGACUAUACAGUAAUAUCGGAAAGUUCCGAGUCUUUCAGCACCCUUUUUUGAGGCUUUUUAGCCCACCAAGAAAAAAAGGCUCAAUAAAGGCCGCAAAACGGAACCCUUUUAGCGGCCAUUUUGCAGUCACUUCCUUUUUGCACACUUCCGAGUUUGGCAGUGAUUGAGGUGGCUUUUUUUUGGCGCUCAUUUCUCAAAAAUCCUGCUCCAAAGUUAUUCAGAAGCAAACUUUUCUUACUAGGGAACGUUUUUUACCGCCUGAAAAAAAAUUUCUCGCAAUAGAUCUCGUUUUCGAGUUAGGACACUUCAAAAGCCCGAAAUAGCGCUUUUUGGUCUAAUUUUCGUAUUUUGCACACUUUGAAGCUCCAUAACUCGGAAACAAGAUCAAUUGCGAGAAAUAUUCUUUUUGUUCUGGAAUCAGGGGGUCCUAAAUUACACCUCAGCAAAGUUUCAGCAAAAGUUCAACCUGGGGGGUUGAAAACGUUCCUUGGUUAAAUUCUUUCUUUCUCGAGAAAUGAAACAUUUUUGAUUUUUCUGAUUUGAAGUAAAGUUGAUUUCUUCAAACUUGCAACUACCAGACAGCAUGUCUAGCGUAGUUGUUCUCUGAACAUCACCGGUGAAUUCAAAAGACGCAAAAAUCAAAAACGGAAAUAACCUGUCUCCGGCUCGAAAGAAUACUGACGUGUAUUUGCGCGUGUGCGACCGGAUGGUCUUUCUGGUGGUACCCCCCGGUUGAGCUUUCAUCCACUUUUUUUCCCUCCCUCAAUCUUACUCUUGGACCAUUUUUUGGAGUUUAGAAGGUACAGAAAUGUCUUAUAUUUGUUCAUUCCAAGAGAUUAUUCAAAUUCGCUCUGACGAACAUGAGAGGUCGUGCUCGAGCUCUUUCCGCACUCUCGAGUGCUUGGACGGAGAUGCGCCAAAAUCAUGAAUUUGCUCUCGUUUUGUACAGCUGACUGUGGACUUUUUUCUGGACUUUGAAUGAAACUAUGAUUUUUAUACUGUGUAGGUCCGUGUUCCUGAACAAAUUUAGUACAAUGAAAUUAUUUUUUUUAGCUUCCUAGGGAGGUCAUUUCACUUUCUGAUUUCUUGAAAUUUGGCCGAAACACUUCUUGAUGUACCAGAAAACCAUCCUGAAAGUUUUAACCUGCACAACUCCCGGGUUUUUGAGAAAUGUGGCCCUCAAAUUAGCCUAUUUUAACGGAUUUCGAGAGAAGUUUUCUUUCUCAAAAACUAGGAAUUUGUGCAGGCUGGAAGGGUCUUUUUUUGGUCCCUCAAGGAGAAUCCUGGCCAAUUUUUGAGAAAAUCCCAUCCGAAAAGUUAAAGGACCUUCCUUGUAAAUACCCUCUCAAUUUUAUUAGAUUAUUUUUUUUUAUUUUUAAUAUUUUUUUGUUAUAUUCAAGCUUUUUUUGGAACUUAUAUGAAACCCUCUAUAGUUUAGAGAGGCUAAAAAUUAUCUCUAGGGAAUGAUUUUGAAAUAUAAAUCUUAGUUUUCUAAGCGUCUUGAUCCCUUCAGUUUGUGAAAUAUUUAGUAACUUUUGAAAAAAUCGACUCCUUUUCUCUAGAACCUCAAAAAAAAAUGUAAUUUGUGACGAAAAGUUUAUUUGCUUGCAAACUUUCCGCGCGGAAAGGUUAGAACCCAGGAAACUGAAACCGUAAUAUUGUAAAAAAGUGAUUUCUGAAAACGUGUCUAUUUGAGCUUCCCACUUUGUCAGCGCAACAAACAAAUCUGCUCAUUGGAGAACACCUACCGUACUCCUAAUAUAAGCUUAUAUUUAGCGUUUCAAGGUCUUUUCUUCGGUAACUUCCGUGAAAUUGUUUUCUUGAGUUUAUUUUUACAAUCUCAUUUCGAAAUAUGAAAAAUCCAGGUAGAUCAAAAGUUGAUAUUUUUUCCUAUUUAGAACAAACCCAACAUGUCAUACCGACGUCUUAGGAACUCCAGAAUGGUCCCUACAUGAGCAACCUGAAAGUCCCCUCUAGGGGCCACUUUACCAACCCCUCUAGGGGCUGCCAAAGCUUGCAAAUAAGCGUUUUUGAAUGGAAUUGUGAGGCCCCUAUAGGGUCCACUUGAGGUUUGGGGCUAAGGGGUCAGACUCGAAACCCCUUUAAGGACCACUUGAAUUUUACCCCUAUAUAGACGACUUUUUCUGUCCCUAACCCCUUAAGGGACCACUCUGGAAUUCCUAAGGUUGUAGAGUUUUUUUUGCGAAUAAAAAGUUUUAGCCUUUAAUUCCUUGAAACUUUAUCAUGGCUGGAACUUCAUAAAAUAAUUUCAGUAAGUCUGGAGCUUACUUUGAAUGAUUUCAGCUCAACCAGAACUUAUGACGUUCUUUUUUUCAAACAGCACAUAAGGAAGUCCUAAUUUUAUGGCCAGAGCUUUGAAAGGUCCAAUGAAACAGCCGAAAAUGGAUGUAGUUUAAUGAUUUUGAUGAGAUGAUCUUGCCUAAACACUGUAGGGUACCAUGCUAAGGCUUCUUAUUGAGAAGCUGUAGGUUCGACAAAAACAAUUUGUUCCAUUUUGAAGUCGAUUUUAACAUUUACAUUUUUUCCCCAUUUCGAAAUUUGAUCUGAAAAAUCACUAUUAGAGCGCAAAAUCAAAACAAAUUGUUGCCUUUCAACCCCCUUCCCCCGCCGACCGGGGUUGGCAGCUUUUUUUCGGCGAUUUCCGGUGUCCGUCUCUGACCGGCCGAUGUUUGCCGAGGUCGUUCGGUUCCUGCUCCCAAACAUGGCCAAAAAAAGACUCGGCUUCUUUUUGUUUUUUUGCUUUUUUUAAUGCUUAGAAUCGUUUUUUUAAUCCUCCGACUUGUUUUUUUCUUAAGAUAGGAAUCAUUUAGAGAAGUUUUCCGAUUUUUUUCGGGUGAAUUUGGAGUCAUUUUCAAGGUAAAAAAAAAUUUAAGAUAACUAGGAGUUCCCUUGAAAUUCUUUGAACAGCUAGGGGGAAUUUUUAGAUCCAAUAUAAAUAAUUAUCUUGAAGCUUUUUAGAGGUAUAAUUAAAGUGUGAUGUAAACUUUAUACACCGCAAGCCUGGGUCAAGAAGAUUUGCUGACAUUUGAACUUUUCCUCUUUUUAAGCAAUUUUUUUGCCCUCCCCCUGUAAAUUAACUAUAUUUGCUCAGCAAUUUUUUUGAAAAUUCUGAAUAAAAAGACCACUUUUUUUCAAGCCAGAACGGACCAUAAUUUUUGUACCGUACGAAAUUUCAGAAGCUUUUUUUAAAGAAUGAACCAAUUCUCACUAAUUUUUUUCCUUGAUUUAAGAGAAAAAGAGAAUUUUUUUGUAAGCUAAUUUGGCUGUUAAUCCAUACCAACUAAAUCAAGAAGAUCAAUUUCGAAGUCGCAAAGGUCUUGAUGAACUUGAAAGGUUGAUUUUUUUCACUGACAACUUCCGUAAAAGCCGUUUUUUUCACAAAUUUCGGUCGGGGUGAAGUUAGUUUAGCGCCUGUCGGGCUCUUUCUCCCUCAUGUGUGUUGAUCGUGCACCGGUUUAAUCCCCCCGCACCGGUGAGGUCAGUUGAUGGUCAAUUUCUUGUCAAUGCGUCUUUUUUCUCGAGUUUUUUCUAGGUUUCCUUACUCAUUGUCAUUGGACCAUUGGGAAUCGAAGCCAGGUUUUACUGGAUUCUUUUUGCCAUGGUUAUGCUUAUACAUUUUUAAAACCUCUAGGAUCUCUUUUAAUGCAUUUUUCUUUCUCAAUCAUGAACUGAAAAAAACUAAAUUUAUCAUAAUCAGAUCCUUUUUUUCUGUCUUUUUCCGACUCAUCAUGUGAAAAUUUUUGAAAAAAAUAAUUCUUCUAUUUCACUUUCUUCAACUUUGAUAGUUGUUUCUAGAUUUAUCAGUUUAUUUACAUAUUUUGAACCUGAUGGCUUCUAUCUUUUGCAAAAUUAAAUAAAACUCAGUUCUUUGAGAUCAUUCAUUAUAAUCCUACCUACUGGAAAUGAGCAAUUUUCUUCAGUUUUUUCAGAAACCGAAACAUUUCCGUCAAAAAAAAAAACCAGCUCUUUCAUUGAAAAAAUUUCUACUAUCGUCUAUAUUUUGGUUGUGUCCACCGAUGUUUAAAAAUAUUAAUGAUCUAGUCAUUUUCCCCGUUUUUUUCCGGCCGUGAUUCAUCUGAGAGGAUUGUUCUGCCGGAAAAAAGCGGUCCAAAGAACAAACAUUCAAAAAUUUUCCGGGCUUUUCUGAAAUGACCGCGUUUCAUUACGUUCAAUUUUUUUUUGUGAUUUUUUUGGCUUACUUGAACCUAAGGAACUCCAAAUGACUCAAGGGGUCCCAAAAAAAGUAACCUGUCUGAACGGCGAACUUUUCUGUUUGUCUACAGAGAAAGUAGGCGAGAAAUAGAUAGAUUUCUGAACAGUGUCUUUUUUUUCACUUUGAAGGUUAAGCUGCAAAAAUUGAGCAAGAAUGAGCCAUUCAUUAAGAAAGGAGGUUGCGAAUCCCUUUUUUGGAUUUCCUGAAUACUUUUUUUUUCAACUUGACUAUGCCUCUGAAAUUUGUGAUUUUUCCCUUGAUCCCUUGAUUUUUCUGUUUCAGUCAACGGCGGCACGCGUCCACUGGUUCGCUUCCUGUCGGAGUACCGUCCGUCUGGAGCCGUCGGACCGCCGCCAACUCGCAGAUUUUCCCUUUUCGCUCGCCGUCAUUCCACCAAUCCGCAAGUCUCCAACGACUUCACCUCGGCGUGGCUGAGAACCAGCAAUUUUGAGUCCGUAGAACAUUUUUUUGAAGUUCAAUCUCUACAUUAUUUCAAUUAUUUCAAUUGAAUGACGUUCAAAAAAUAUUUUAUUCACACAUAUUAGACGUAAACUUGUUCUAUAGUCCGUCCACCGGGACUUGACAGUUUUCGGGUGUCUGCGUCUCUCUGUUCUCUCACCGGCGAGGUCACAGAAACGCGAAAAUAGCGCGUCAGCAAGAGAGGGUCGUCGAGAGACGAGGAGGGCGCAGAGAAGUCCCGCCCUUUCAAGUCACGGAAAAUGGACUUUUGUUCUGGCUGAGUUAGGCUCAACUUUAGACCAAAAAACCAAGAUUUUCAGAGAAAUUGUUAAAAAUUUCAGCUUGAACCGUGAUCCAGUGGCCGGUGGCUCAUCGAACGACAAUUCCGAUCCGAUGGGAGUUCUUGUAAGAUACCUCAAAAAAAUUCGAUUUCUAACCAUAUCAAAUUCAGUCCAGAGACGACAGUAUGGAAGCCGGUGUGGCGUUUCAAGUUGGAGAAAAUAUCGAAAGACCUGACAGGGUAAAAUAUUCAAUUCAUCUUAUCAAAACAGCUCUUUCGAACUUGAAAAUAAUUUUUUAAAAAAGAGAGUCACGAUGGAGCGAUGGUUUGGGAAGAUUUUUCAAGGAAAAUUGGUGGAUUGAAGUUUUUAAACUAUUUUUUUUGCCAGGCUUUUCUCAAGUUCCGGGUAGACCAACUACUUUAUAAAUUUGAGCAGUUGCAUUUUCAUGGAUUUUUAGAUUCAUUAAGACAGGAAUAAAUAGAAUAUUAGGAUACUCGAAAAAAUGCUAUCAAAUUUUAGUGAAACUUGAGUCAGAACGGAAAAGGGUUCAUGAGGAAUUUUUUUUAUGAAUGUUGUAGUCUGUGUGCCACGUCUUGAAAUUUCACGGAACGACAUUCCGCUGUUCCGCUGCGUGCGUUCGCGAAGCGUCUUUCGAAUCUAGGUCACGCUUCCAAUUAAUUGUUAUUGCUGUGGGAGCACAUAAAAGUAGAGUACCCUAAUAAAUUUUUUUAAAAAAAGUUAAAAGCGUGACCAAGGUUCGCAAAAAAACGCACAGCGGCAGAGCGGAAUGUCGUUCGGUGAAAUUCCAAGCCGUGGCACACAAACUAUAAAUGAACUUAAUGUUUUUUUAAGCUUCAUAUUUAGUAUUCUUUUUUUGAAUUUCCAAUACUCGUCCGUGAAGUUUAAUUAAACGUUGGAAAGUUAAAUUCGUAUGCUUUUUUAAAAAGUAUAGUCAUUAUAAUAAAAGAAAUAAGAAGAACUUUUAUUGAUUCAGCUUCCCCGUCGACUUUCCCUCGAUGACGAAAGCAACGAUGGAACUCCGGAGCCGGAAACGACGGCGAGAUCAGCUGAAGACAUGUGGAUCCACAACAAGACGGCCAAGUUCAAAUUCAAUCAUAGUGGAAAAUAUAUUGGUAUCAUCUUCAAAGACAAAAUUCAGUUUCAAAAUCAAAGAAAAUUCUGCCGAGAACUUUCAUUUCAUUCAUCCAUUUCAAGUGUUCAGAAAAUUUUGAACAAGUUUUUCGGGAUUUUAUUGAGAUACAAGGAAUAGAUCUCAAUUUUAUCCCUACUAUAAAUUCCUACUCCGGUUCCACACGCUUCCGAAGCUGUAAUCCUAAAAACGACUGUGCAAAUAAGCGACGAAUUUUUCGGGCUUUGUGCCCCAAUUUCGGAGUUCUCCCAUUGUAUUUGGCAUCUCUUUUCACCACUUUUUGAACCGAACUUGAAGUGCUUUUUUUGAGUCGAAUAUGAGAAUAGACACUUUUGCUGAAAAUAAGUUAACUAGAAAACGAAUUUCAAUUUUUUUGUGAUUUGUUCCCGCACAGUCCAGUAGGUCGCCUUGAAACGGCUAAAAACCGAGAAAAAAGUUUUUAAUCCGCGUUGAACGUUCAGCAAGCAAAUUACUAGAAAAUUGCUCCCCCUACAUUUUACCAAAUAAGAAACAUCUGUAGUGUGUCCUUUUCCUAUUCCUUUGAGCAAUUUUUUUUUAAAUCUUCAUUUUUAGCUUGUUAUGGAACGCUAUAUUUAUCCAAAACUGGAACACCAACAAAUAAAUAAGCGUGGUUUUUGGAGAUUUGCUGUCCUCCGAACUUUCGGCGUCUUUUUCACGUCUUCUCGUUUUUGUUUUAUUUCAAACUUUACCAGUUUCCAAUAAUAUUGGAACUAUGAGAAUUAGUUUAACUUCCGACGUCGAUUUGAAAAGUAAACAGCGGUUUCGUCAAGAGCAGAGGUAAAUUUUAUGAUUUUUGUUGGUCAAAAAGGUAAAAAGAGCCUUUCAAUUCAUUUUUGAAAUUUUCUACGGUCUGGUUAGUUUUCUUUUUUUCAUUCUGAUGGUUUUUAGUUUGAGUUUUUGUCGUUUGUCAAUGUAGAAUGUUCUAUUUCUCAUUUUUUUAGUGCUGCUCUUAGGACUGCCAAGUUAGAAGAAGCCUUUUGAGCGCUGUCCAUAGGAAUGUCAAAUUUAGAAGGAGCUUUUUAAGUGCUGCCCUUGGGACUGCCAAAUUUCGAAGGAGCCUUUUUUAGUGCUGCCUUUGGGACUGCCAAAUUUAGAAGAAGCCUUUUUAUUGCUGCUUUUGGGACUGCCGAAUUUAGAAGGAGCUUUUUUAGUGCUGCCCUUGGGACUGCCAAAUUUAGAGGAAGCCUUUUUAGUGCUGCCCUUGGGGCUGCCAAAUUUCGAAGGAGCCUUUUUUAGUGCUGCCCUUGGGACUGCCAAAUUUAGAAGAAGCCUUUUUUAGUGCUGCCCUUGGGACUGCCAAAUUUAGAAGAAGCCUUUUUUAGUGCUGCCCUUGGGACUGCCAAAUUUAGAAGAAGCCUCUUUAGUGCUGCCCUUGGGACUGCCAAAUUUAGAAAAAAAGCCUCUUUAGUGCUGCUUAUGGGACUGCCGAAUUUAGAAGAAGCUUUUUUUAGUGCUGCCCUUGGGACUGCCAAAUUUAGAAGAAGCCUUUUUUUAAUGCUGCCCUUGGGACUGCCAAAUUUCGAAGGAGCCUUUUUUUAGUGCUGCCCUUGGGACUGCCAAAUUUAGAAGAAGCCUUUUUUAGUGCUGCCCUUGGGACUGCCAAAUUUAGAAGAAGCCUCUUUAGUGCUGCCCUUGGAACUGCCAAAUUUCGAAGGAGCCUUUUUUAGUGCUGCCCUUGGGACUGCCAAAUUUAGAAGAAGCCUUUUUUAGUGCUGCCAAAUUUAGAAGAAGCCUCUUUAGUGCUGCCCUUGGGACUGCCAAAUUUAGAAAAAGCCUCUUUAGUGCUGCUUUUGGGACUGCCGAAUUUAGAAGAAGCUUUUUUAGUGCUGCCCUUGGGGCUGCCAAAUUUCGAAGGAGCCUUUUUUAGUGCUGCCCUUGGGACUGCCAAAUUUAGAAGAAGCCUCUUUAGUGCUGCCCUUGGGACUGCCAAAUUUAGAAGAAGCCUUUUUUAGUGCUGCCCUUGGGACUGCCAAAUUUAGAAGAAGCCUCUUUAGUGCUGCCCUUUGGGACUGCCAAAUUUAGAAAAAGCCUCUUUAGUGCUGCUUUUGGGACUGCCGAAUUUAGAAGAAGCUUUUUUUAGUGCUGCCCUUGGGGCUGCCAAAUUUCGAAGGAGCCUUUUUUUAGUGCUGCCCUUGGGACUGCCAAAUUUAGAAGAAGCCUUUUUUUAGUGCUGCUCUUGGGACUGCCAAAUUUAGAAGAAGCCUCUUCAGUGCUGCUCUUGGGACUGCCAAAUCAGAAGAAGCCUCUUUAAUGCUGCCCUUGGGACUGCCAAAUUUAGAGGAAGCCUUUUUUUAGUGCUGCCCUUGGGGCUGCCAAAUUUCGAAGGAGCCUUUUUUAGUGCUGCCCUUGGGACUGCCAAAUUUAGAAGAAGCCUUUUUUAGUGCUGCCCUUGGGACUGCCAAAUUUAGAAGAAGCCUUUUUUAGUGCUGCCCUUGGGACUGCCAAAUUUAGAAGAAGCCUCUUUAGUGCUGCCCUUGGGACUGCCAAAUUUAGAAAAAGCCUCUUUAGUGCUGCUUAUGGGACUGCCGAAUUUAGAAGAAGCUUUUUUAGUGCUGCCCUUGGGACUGCCAAAUUUAGAAGAAGCCUUUUUAAUGCUGCCCUUGGGACUGCCAAAUUUCGAAGGAGCCUUUUUUAGUGCUGCCCUUGGGACUGCCAAAUUUAGAAGAAGCCUUUUUUAGUGCUGCCCUUGGGACUGCCAAAUUUAGAAGAAGCCUCUUUAGUGCUGCCCUUGGAACUGCCAAAUUUCGAAGGAGCCUUUUUUAGUGCUGCCCUUGGGACUGCCAAAUUUAGAAGAAGCCUUUUUUAGUGCUGCCCUUGGGACUGCCAAAUUUAGAAGAAGCCUCUUUACUGCUGCCCUUGGGACUGCCAAAUUUAGAAAAAGCCUCUUUAGUGCUGCUUUUGGGACUGCCGAAUUUAGAAGAAGCUUUUUUAGUGCUGCCCUUGGGGCUGCCAAAUUUCGAAGGAGCCUUUUUUAGUGCUGCCCUUGGGACUGCCAAAUUUAGAAGAAGCCUUUUUUAGUGCUGCUCUUGGGACUGCCAAAUUUAGAAGAAGCCUCUUCAGUGCUGCUCUUGGGACUGCCAAAUCAGAAGAAGCCUCUUUAAUGCUGCCCUUGGGACUGCCAAAUUUAGAGGAAUCCUUUUUAGUGCUGCCCUUGGGGCUGCCAAAUUUCGAAGGAGCCUUUUUUAGUGCUGCCCUUGGGACUGCCAAAUUUAGAAGAAGCCUUUUUUAGUGCUGCCCUUGGGACUGCCAAAUUUAGAAGAAGCCUCUUUAGUGCUGCCCUUGGGACUGCCAAAUUUAGAAGAAGCCUCUUCAGUGCUGCUCUUGGGACUGCCAAAUCAGAAGAAGCCUCUUUAA